AUGGAGGAGAAAGCGAAAUCCCCAGAAACGACAAAUGGCGAUCGAGCGGAGAACAAGGAACUAUCGCAAGAAACUAGUGUCCUUAGUACAGAGACCACCAUUGUUGAAAAAGAAGGCGGGAAAGUAAAUCUGGAUGCGGAAGAACUUAUGGAGGAAAACCCCAUUGAACCAUUACCUGCUCCAUCUGGUACGAACCCGGUAGCCAAUGAAAUUAGCGAAAGCAGUACCGUGGAAGAGAAAUUGAUCGGAAUAAAAGAAGCGCAGAGCGCGGAGGAAUCAUCAGCAGCUACAGUAGUCACGGAAACACCUACAGGUAGUUCUGAAGCGAUCGAUACCGAAGAAGCUGAAACAGUUGAUAACAAAAAACCUGAAGAAAGUUCACAAACAAAAUCUGAAGAAAUCUCUCGCAAAGAUCUAGAAGAAACGGGUACAAUGGAUAUCACAGCUGAGCCCGCUAAUCAGGCAAUGGAAGUAGAGGAACCGGUAGCACCAGUUCCGGUUACAAUUGUCUCUAUCCAGGAACAAGUCGCAGCAGACCAAAAACUCGAAAUGGAGGCUGUUCAAAAGAUCAGUAGUACUUCAUUGUCGAUGUUGUGCCAAUAUUCAGGAAGUUCUGAUUCGGAAGCGGAAGACACCGACACGCCAAAUGUGGUAGAGGACGCAAAGGUGAACUCAUCGUCCUCUUCUUCCGAUGAUAGUGAUGUAGAGAUUGUUAAGGAAAAUCCCUUGACUGCCGGCGGUUAUCGUGUGCAGGACGAUCCAAUUUUAGUAAGCGACACCGAAACCAUGGAUACGAAUGCUGCCUCUUCGGAAGAUGAAAAUGAUGAACCCGUUACCGGACCGAUUCGUACCGCGGGUGAAAUACUGCCACACGAGUUGCCUCCUAUCGAAGAGUUGACCAUUACCGUCCCGGAGACGGAAUGUAAGCCAAUCGGACAUAUCGAUUCGAUCGUGGCACAGAUCGUACUGGUGCAGUCCGUUCCCGGUAUCGAGCUGCUUAAUUUGGACACAGUACUAUUUCUAGAGCGUGGAAAACGCGCACUGGGGAAAAUUUUCGACGUGAUCGGUCAGGUAAACCAACCCAUCUAUUGCGUGCUGUUCAACUCGAAUCAGGAAAUAUUGACCAAAAACAUAACCACCGGAAUGGAGGUAUUUUGUGCACCAAGGACGGAAUACACAUCGUUUAUCAUUCUAUCAGAGCUGAUGCGUACGAAAGGGUCCGACGCAAGCUGGAUGCAUGAUAAUGAAAUUCCAGCCUACAUGGCCGAACAUUCGGAUGAUGAGGAGGAACGGGCCGCUAAGAGAAACCGUAAGAAGAGUACAGCUAAUUGUCAACAGUCACAAAAUGAUGACGAUGAAGGUAGCGAGAUGGGUGAAGAGCAACAGCAACAACAUUACCAUCCCCGGCAGCCCAGCCCAUCGACAUCUAGAGGACAUUACGGACGACAUCCGCCACAGGGCGGUAGACAGUUCAAUCCACGCUAUCCGUCUGGUAACAGUUGGCAUCACAACUACAAUCCCCGCUUUAAUCACCCGCAGCAGUACCGACCCCGUUUUCAACAGCGCAACCAUCAGCAGUUCCAACAAAUACCGCAUAUGCAACCACCACCACAAGGUGGUAUGAUGCUGCGGAAUCCUUUCGCCGGACAGGGUCCUCCAAGGCCACCGUCAGGAUCGAAUUAA